AUGGUUGAUUACGACGUAUGCGGACAGUGGUAUCAUUUCGUGUGUGCAGGUGUGGAUUCAAGUAUCCAGGACCGUGAUUGGAGCUGUGAGACUUGCGUUAGAGCGGCAGUUCAGAUCCCAGUCGGAACUUCAACACCGAUAUCGACGGGUGCUACAGCAAAGUCAGCAAACAGCGAGCGGCUUAUAUCAAUUCCGGAUGUGCAAAUGCAAAUAGCGUCAAUACAGGAGAAGUUGAACAGCCAGUUAAUGCAAUUCGAGAAACUUUUAAUGGAAAAGGAUCAACAUCAAAAGACUCUAUCAAAUGAACGAGAAAAAUACGAACGUCAACUAGAAAGCAUGAAGCAUCAGGUACAAGAGCGCGAGGAAUUAAAACAGAAAGCCGUUUGUGGUGGAACAGCAAGUUCAACGAGAUUUCUACCUCCGCUGAACGCGAACGAAAAUAAUGAACCGAAUGACUUAUUGACACAGAAGUUGCAGCUUUUGGAGAAAAGGCAAGCAUUAGAAAAUAAGCAUUUAGAGGAGCGGAGACAACUAUUGCAGCGGUUUCAUAUGAUUGACAGAGGUGUUGUUGAAAGUGACCCUGAAUUGAGUGCGUUUCAACCGAUUGAUCGUAGUAAUUUGCAACGCGUUUGUUCUCUUAGCCAAAGUCAAAUUUCGGCUCGUCAAGGUAUUAGCAGUGAAUUACCAACCUUUUCCGGCUAUCCUGAAGAAUGGCCUCUCUUCAUUGCAAGUUACGAAAAUUCGACCAGAAUUUGUGGUUACAGUGACGAAGAGAAUCUCCUGCGCCUUCAACGAAGCCUGAAGGGAAAAGCCUUGGAAGCAGUACGCUGUCGCCUUUUGUAUCCGUCAAGCCUUUCGGGAACCAUCGCCACAUUGAGAACGCUGUUUGGUAGACCAGAGAUCAUCGUACACUCGCUCAUCAACAACAUUAGGGAGAUGCCGGUACCGAAAGCAGAAGAGUUGCAUACGCUUAUUGAUUUCGGAGUAGCCGUUCAGAAUAUUUGCGCCACUAUUAAGGCGUCAGGUUUGGAGGAAUAUUCGUGCAAUGUAGCCCUACUGCAAGAGUUGGUAGAGAGAUUGCCUCCUUCAAUAAGAUUGAAUUGGACGUAUCAUCGACAGACAUUAUCGCGGGUCACUCUUUCUAACCUUGGAGAUUGGCUGGAGAAAUUGGUGGAAGCUGCUAGUACAGUCACUAUACCAUUCAUUGGAAUCCCAAACCCGGAGGGACGGGGUCGAAGGGACAGUUGCAUGAAUAUUCAUUCGGACAUACACAUCGAAGAGUUUUCCCCAAGGAUUCGAACGGGACCAAUUGUGAGAGGUUGUCCCGCAUGUAAAGAGGAAUGCAGUAGUUUAGAAUCGUGCCACGUGUUUCUCAACAUGGACAUCGGUACCAGGUGGAAUGUAGUCAAAGAACGAAAACUGUGUAGGAAGUGUUUGAGAAAACAUUUCGGGGCUUGCAAUAUCAGAACACCGUGCGGCAAAAACGGCUGUUUCUUGAUGCAUAGUGAAUUGCUGCAUGACGAUCGGAGACAUAGCCAGCCAGCGCCAGAACUGUCGACGUCAAUAAGCGGGCAGACAACAUCGCAAAAUUGUCACACACAUUCGAACAAUGUUGGAAAUGUCCUGUUUCGAUACGUGCCCGUGACCAUUUAUGGGAAAGGAAAAACAAUAAAGACUUUUGCCUUUCUCGACGAUGGCUCGUCGGCAACUUUCAUGGAGCAUAGCUUGAUGAGAGAAUUGAAUCUCGAAGAGAUUUCGCACCCUCUGUGUCUGAACUGGACUGGAAGUCAACAGAGAGAGGAAAAUGAAUCAGUCAAGUUAACGGUGAAGAUCUCUGGCGUAUGUGACGUGAACAAGGUGUAUGAGUUACCGAAUGUCCACACGGUUCGAAGUUUGGCGCUACCUAAACAGUCCGUACCGGUGCCUCAGCUUGCAGCUAAGUACCGCUACUUGAAGGGAUUGCCGCUCAAAUCAUAUGCUAACGUGUCACCAAGACUCUUGAUAGGGAUGGACAACAGUCGUCUUGGCCACAUAUUGACAAGCGUCGAAGGAACAUACAAUGAACCGAUCGCUUCUGAAACUCGGCUUGGUUGGAUAGUGUACGGACCUUGCUCAAUGACUUCUGGAUCUACGAACACAGACUACAACAGCUUCCACAGUUUCCACAUCUGUCAGUGUAGUAAAGAAGCGAAAAAGGAUUUGACUGUGACGCAGGAAUAUUUGGUUGACGAUUCGUUAGGGAUUUUGGAUCCGGAGUCAUCCAAGGACGAGGUGCGAGUCUUGAACACUGUCUCACCCGAAACACGUUUAAAAGAAAAUCGCUGUAGAACAGACUUGUCGGACAAGGCGUUGUCACAGGAGCUUACUGUUUUCCUAGAGAAAAGAUUGCAAAGGGGACCUGCACUAGCUACCUCAACGGUCGCAAAAGAAGGAAUUGAAGAUUUUCCGUAA